AUGACCGAUGCCCUUGGUGGCAAGCGCUCGGUCUUGUCCAUGUGGAAGGUUCUCACUGUUCGGGUGUACACCCGCACCCUGCGGCACGUCCGCUUUGAUAUCCUCCUGCCUGCGGCCUCCCUGACUCCGGGGAUGAUGCGCACGUCGGCCACCGUGUCCGGCCUGGCCGUGGCCUUGCGCCAUCAUGCAUUUGCCUCGGACCGGGAGGACCUCUUCGCUGCGUCCUUCCGGCUGCCUGUAUCAAGCGUCUCGGGCCAGGUCCCCCCUCCAGGCGGGGGCCCCAUUCGCAUGUCCUUGUCGAUGCCCAACCUGGCUGUAGCGGCGGCCCCGGGCGGGCUCCUGGAGCUUGGCGGCCGGGACGAUUCGCAUCUCCAUGGACCCGAGCCUCCCUCCUCGCCGGACCGCCACCGGCCCGAGACCGAUGCCCCGCCGAUCACCCCUCAGAGCCCCUUUCCAGCCAUUGCCGGGGGCCCCGCACAACAUUCCGACAGGCGGGACAUCAUACUGCCGCAUCACUUCCGGCCAGUCGAGGCGGCACUUCGGUCUCGUCACUGGCGCAUCUCCCUGGUCAAUGUGUCUUUCGGCGUGUCUUCAAGCCUGCCCUCUCAUGUGGUUGUGCCAGCCCAACUGGGGGAUUCGGAACUCAUGGCUCUCAUCAACAGCCGGCCCUGCAGCCGGUUCCCGGUUCUUCGCUGGCAGUCCUCCGACUCCGGAGCGUGCUUUCUCCGGGGUGGGACACCUUCAGCCCAGGCGGCACGGCUUCUGCGCCGGCGGAAUACCCCCGCGCGGUCCUUCUUCCCUGGCCUGGACCAGGCACUGGCCAUGUCGGCCGGGGCGCUCGGAGCCUCGGAUCCCCAGGCCGGCACCGACCAGGCUCCUCGUAUCUCUCGGCCGGCCUGCCUGUGGGUUGUCCACUUAAGCAACCAGACAGCUGAUGCGGACUCCAACGACCGGGCCCCGGUGCCUGAUAAUCCAAAUCCGGACACGCUGCAGGAGGAGGAGAUCCUUGCUGGCACGGCCGCAUGGUCGAGCUCCGCCACGUUGGCGGCUGUAAAGCGCCGCCGGCUUCGUUUGAAGGCCCCAUCAACACGCCGCCUGCGUGCCGCCCAUCGCGCUUUGGUUCGUGCCUCGGUUUUGAGCGACUCGGCCCAAUCCGACAGCGGUCCAAUUGCUGCCCAGACCGAGUGGCUAAACCAUGUCCAUACAUUCAUUCGGUAUAGCCACAUUGUCGCCAGCUUGCUGAUGCAAACACGCACUCGACAGACCAGCGCCCCGGGGUCCCCGGCUACUGGCCGCACUUUGUCCUCCGGUUUUGAGGGACUUCAGAAUGUGGUCAACUCGGCGAUGACCCUGGCCCAGCAUCUUGAGGAUGCGCGCUCCGCCGCUGCAAUGGCAGCAAUCGAAGCCUCCGCAGCCCCAAAUGAGCCGCCAGCGAAGUCCAUCCGCCGGCCACUGCCCCCGCCGCCGCCGCUCAUGACGGCCGGCCUGAGCAGGUCGGACCCGGCUCUCCCAAGCGCGGCUAUGCCAUUCCUUUCACGGCCCCCUGAGUCGCCCACAUCGCCAUCUGCGACGGCGCGGGCCACCGCCCCAGGGACCUUGCGUCCUGUGGACUCCGUCUGGCUGGUGGACGAUCCGUCCAUUGUUGGCAGCCAGGCAGGCGACCGGUCGUCCAUCGUUGGUGCCCUGGCGCUGCUCAUCGCCGACCCCUUUUAUCGAGCCAGCCCGCAGGGAUUCAUCGACUUGAUUGUUUCCGAGUGGUCUCACAUGGGCUUCCCCUUCCGCACGCGACAUGCGCUGCUUCAGCCCAACCGCGUCGCACGUGUCGGUGCGGCAGCCAUGUCUGCUAAUCUGGUGAGCGGGCUCCUUGGCUGGCGCCGCCGCUCGGGUGGGCGCUCUCCCGCGGGAACAGCCGGCGCUCAGGGUUCCCCGGCCGCGGGCUCCGGCGUGGCAGCUGACGGUGCCAGUCCGGCCAAUUCCCGGACACGGCUUAGUGUGUCCGGCACGUUGCCGCCCUCGCUAGCAGCUGCGGCCUCGGCCAUCUCCGACACAUCUGCCUCCUACCCAGCCUUCGAUGGUGAGAACGAGAGUCCGGCCUUCGUGCUGUUUUUGGAUGCGGUCUACCAGUUGAUGGUUCACUCCCCAGGCGCCUUUGCCUUCAGCACAAACUUGCUCCUGUUGAUCCACGAUGCGGCAAUUUGCGGGAUGGUCCGGGAGUUUGCGGUCGACUCGCCACAGGAGCUUGAGCAGUCAGGCGACUUGUUCCACGUCAGCCUGGGCGCCUACGUGGCCUGGGUCAUGAGUUUGGAUGAGUCCCUCCUCGAUCCGGCAUUCUUGCUUCAGGCAGAAUUGGCGGACUUCGCCGGACUUCCGCGGCCAGAGGUGGCCGAGGUGGUGAUGCCACCGUACUUCUGCAACGGCCAGCUGGUACCCAUUUCACAAAGCUACACCCACUCGGUGCCCCGGUCUAGCAGUCUCCUUGCAACCACCCCGCAGCCGCCACUCAUGCCGGAGGCCACGUCGGAUGAGUAUCAACUUCGCCCGCAGACCGAGGGCACGACACCGCUUGGGUCCUUCGCCUUCACGCGCUCGCCCUCGACCUUGAGCGUGGAUUCCGCCGCGUCAACACCCCCCGGGUCACUUCGCGAACUUUCCCCGCCACCCUCGCCGACACACUCGCGCCAGCUCUCCAGUUCCUCCACCAUCACCCCGGCGCCGAGUCUAUUUUCGGAAGAUGAGUUCGAACCCAUCACCGAGGAGACGUACCUGCCUCCGGCAAGGGCACACCCUCCUCUCCACGAUCCAUCACUCUCGGCAAGCAACCUUGCCUUGGCCCCGACGCCGGCCCCCCAGCAGCAGGCCUCCAGCCGACUGACCGCCUUCCACAUGGACACCAGUGAUGCCGGGCCGUCGCUGCGCUUUUGGGCGCGGAAUUUCGGCCGCGACUCCAUUCCCGGAGCUGAGCCCCUGCGCGCGCAUCCCGGCGUCGCGGCCAUCGCCUCCAACACGACUCCCCCCUUUGUCAUCAGCCCUGUGGACCUGGUGCCGGACCCGGUGGCUGGCCUGUUGCCGGCUUGCAUCUUGGCUGGCCGAACGUCCAGGGAGUCCGCCGCCGACCUGGGCCCCCUCGCUGAUGUGCACCAUGCACACCACCCGGUGUAUGGCCACAUCGCGGGGGCCUGGGCAGCCGAGCCAACCCAGCAGGAAGAUCGCGCCGUGUACCAGCUCGUCCUUCGAGCGCGCCGGGCGCGUGCGGCCCUGGGACGGUGA